AUGAACACGGCAGGAGUGUUGGUGAGCCCAACAGUGAAGAAUACUGGGUCCCGUUUAAGUGGGAUACGAGUUCUGAUUUCUACGAGAAGUCAUCAGAGUCAGAGGAAGAUGACGUCGAUGAAGAUGAGGAAGGAGUCUCAGAUACAAACAUGGAAGAUGGGGGAAACGGAGAGAGAAGAAGGUGAAAUCUGGAUAGAGAACAACAGUGAAGAGGGCACAAAAGUGGAAGAAACAGUCAUAUUGGAGGAUAACGGCACAAGACGUGCGAAAGACACGAUGCCGGUGGAAGUCACAUCAUCAGUGGAACCUGCAACGCCGGGGACGGCACCAACUGAUGGGGGGUGGCAUACUAGAAGCUCAACAGUCGCCUGA